CUUUGGCGCUACUCUCACUAUAAAAUGUGGAAAAAGAGAGAAUAGGGAUUUUGUUGUGAGAGACAGAGAGAGGUGGCGAAUAUGGAUGGUGCUCUAGAUUUUGAGUACGAAGACGCGCUUCUCAGCUCCCCCGUUGUUACCAAGAAAAGGAAGAAGGUUAUUGGGUUGGAUGAUCUUUUGAGUGACUUCUACAAAGAGAAAAGCAAACUUGUCGAGAAGGAGUCUAAACAAGCGAAGGCCCAGAAAAACUACAACUCAGACGAGGAUGUCAAUACCAAAGAAGCUUCUCUUACUGAAGUGAUUGAUCAAUGCCAAAAUCAGAUGAAAGAAAUAAGCGGCGACGAAGAUAUGUCCAUGUGGGGCAUGCGGGUUUUUGGAAAUCAGAAAGUUCCACCGCCUCUGGAUUUUCCUGAGCUUGGAAGUUGUGCACUUUUGCAGUCUUUCAUGCAGAAUGAGCUCAAUUCCCUGUUGGAACUCACUUCAGAAAGAGGAGACACUUUCCUUGAAGGAUUGUUAGCAAAUGGCUGGCUUUUAAAACUGGCUUUUACAUGUGGUCAUGUAGAAAAAUCAAUAGCCAUGUGGGCCUUUAAUUUAAUGUUAUAUUCAUCAAAAGAAGAAUUGAGGACAUCUGCAGGUGACUUCUGGUGUACUAUUCUGUCAUCAGAAGAUGAGCUUGUCCAAAUUGAUUGGUUGCCCAGCUAUUCUGAAUUAAAAGGAGCUCUUGAAAUCUAUGGAUUUCAAUUUAAUUUUUCAUCCAAAAGAGAACCUUUGCUUCCUGGUUCUAAUUGUGGAGGGCCACCCCAAAAUAUUAGAGCUUGGAUCAGAUUUAUAGCUGCUUCUUGUCAUGUAAGGGACAAACAGUCUAUCUUUUCAACCUCAGAAGCUGAAGAGUUGGUUGAAGUCAUUGUUUGUCUGUUCUUAGAUCACCAGCUUCAUGGUCUGGUGUUGCUUUUGUACGAAUGUCUGCAAUCACUUAUCAGUUACUUCACGGACAAAGAAUGGAAGACCAGCUGUAAUGAGAUUGGAAAAUCACUUGCUUGCAGAGUUCCUAGGGACUUGAACUGCUUGCGGGCUGUGGAAUGUAUUUCAGGAAUCACUACUCGUAGUAAGCAACUUAAAAGUGCAGUUGCCUAUCAAUUUCUUCUUGUUUGUUUUCAUGAUAAGGCUACUGAUGAAGAAGGGAUCCUGCAACUGCUUAUCUCAAUUAAUGUGAAAGAUAAAAGUUGCGAUCUUUUCAAGAUGUACAUUUACUUGGUUUUGGCAGAGAAUUGGCUCUUGGUUAGUCAAAUGCUUGAAAAUAAGCCAGUAAUUAAUGAAAUGUGGUGUCUUUAUCUUCGAAACUGUUCUUGCCAAAUUGCAAGCACAGACUUAAGGUCUUUUGCAUCAAAGGUUCGUAAUAAGGCUUCAUAUCUUCUACAAGGCACUGUCAACAAAUAAUGUCAAAGAGAAAUUUAGAUGGGUGAAUAUUUUGAAUCCACAAAAAUGAAAGCUUGUGAUAGAUCUCAAUGGAAUCUCUUUUGGGUAGCAUGAGUUGCCCAGAUUCUAGUGCAGAUGGUUUUGAAGAAUGUUGAAGUUUGCCUAAUCAUGUUGUUCCAACUUGGGAGGGGAUUGUAGCUAUCCGUAUAUAAAAAUGGAACCUAGUUUCUGGAUGUAUAUAACGUUUUCACACUCACCUAUUUAUUACACAUGCUUUCUUCCUCUU